AACGAACGACACUUAAAAACGUCAUUCUGACAUGCAGAAAUAGCCAAUCACAUCGUUACUUACUGUGACGCAGAGGCAGGAAGUGGAGGCACCUAGAGAUAGAGGUGCAUUUCUGAGCCUGCAACCAUGUGGCCGAUCUUCUGGACUGCCAUGCGCACUUAUGCACCCUACGUGACCUUCCCGGUGGCCUUUGUGGUGGGAGCUGUCGGCUACCAUCUAGAGUGGUUUAUCAGAGGGACUCCUAAUACUCCAGGGGAGGAAAGGGGCAUUGCAGAACUACGGGAGGAUCGUAAAUUAGAGGAACUGAACGGUCGGGACAGCACACAGGUCCUCAGCCUGAAGGACAAACUGGAAUUCACACCGAGAGCAGUGCUGGAAAGAAACCGAGCGGUGAAGAGCUAAGUUUUAUUAAACGUCAUGAAAUCCUGAUUACCAUAUAGUGAUGCACAACGUCUCAAACUUUGGGCUCAUUUGUUACACUUCACGGCUCCGGGGACAGGAUCUUUACAGAGAAGGGUUUUUUUUUGGGGGGUGAUUUCACGUCCACUCUUAUGCCACUUUGUUAUGCUGCCCUAAUUAUACGGAGUCUUGCUGUAAUAUUUACCAGGCCAGCUGGUGAAACUGAGUGCUGAGAGAAUAUUUUACAGCUUUUAUUCUUUGAGACUUCCUUACAUUCAUCUUCUGCCCUUAGGCAUGCAGAGACACAUGACUACAUUGCCCAAGUCCAAACUUGGAAAGCUUUAAUAAGUUUUCCAUUCGUUCUCCCUGUCAUAUGCUCAUGAGACCAAAGCUCAAAGAAAGACCACCUUUGUUGAAUUUGUGUCCGCUUGAAUAAAAGUACAUUUAUACAAGACAACACUUGAGUUAGACCUGAAAAUGUUUCAGGCGAGUGUCGUCACUGUAGUCUUCUGGUAAUUGGUAAUGAUGAACACGGCGACAAGUAAAAGCAUAAAAGCAACGUGAGAACUUUGCACGUGUUUUCGAGUGUGUGGAAGCAUUUUAAACCAGUUAUUUCUGUGUCCAUUUACAUGUACAGUACAGUAAAAUCAAUCGUGGAGCUCAUUACGCAUAUAUUGCUUUCCCCAGCUUCGUUACAGCUAAAUGUCAGUGGUAAUUGCCUUGGCCAACAUUUGUGCUGAAGUGUGUGGGAGGCUGCUGCCUUGUUCAUGUAAUAAAUGUAAAGACUCGGUUUACUUUUA